AUGGGUUUCCGUCGUCUAGCGGCACUGCUGCUUACAGCGAGCUUCAAUAUUCGAAAUGCCUUGGCUCAAAGUUCCACGGCAGUCGUCUACACAGACCCCGGAACCGGCAUCACAUUCGAUACAUGGCCAGUGCCCAGCACUUCUACAGCAGGAGGGCUGACCUUUGGUAUGGCCUUGCCCUCGGAUGCGCUCACUACCAAUGCGGAUGAGUUCGUUGGAUAUCUUCAAUGUGCAUCAACCAGCACAACCGCGACUGGCUGGUGUGGUAUAUCACUUGGCGGCUCGAUGACGAACAACCUCCUACUUAUGGCUUGGCCCUACGAGAAUCAGAUCUACACAAGCUUCUUGUGGGCUACCGGAUACACGCAGCCAGGACCAUACACCGGUGAUGCAGCAGUGACUCAGAUAUCCUCCACCAUAAACGCAACCCACUUUACCCUCGUCUUCCGCUGCCAGAACUGUCUGUCAUGGGAUCAAAACGGGGCAACGGGCAGUGUAUCCACUAGUGCUGGCUACUUCGUUCUAGGAUGGGCACAGGCUUUGCCGCAGCCAACAAAUCCCGACUGUCCUGCAAACGUCGUUAUGCUUCAGCAUGAAGCUCAAGGCAUCUUUGCGGCCAGGUUUGAUAGCAGUGUUGCCAACACGUCCUAUACAGCAUGGGCAGCCAAAGCAACCAAGACAGUUACUGGGGCGUGCGCAUCAGCGACUGCUACGACAACGACAACUACAUCAGCAACGACCACCGCAACAGCCACUGGGGUGCCCGUUCCAACGGCGAAGUAUGAUUACAUUGUCGUUGGCGCAGGUGCUGGUGGCAUCCCUAUCGCAGACAAGCUAAGCGAGGCAGGAAAGUCUGUACUCCUUAUCGAAAAAGGACCACCAUCUUCCGGACGCUGGGGAGGCGUCAUGAAGCCUGAUUGGCUGGACGGCACUAACCUAACUAGAUUUGAUGUACCUGGUCUUUGCAAUGAAAUUUGGGUGGAUUCAAAUGGAAUUGCAUGUAAGGAUACCGACCAAAUGGCUGGAUGCGUGCUCGGUGGGGGCACUGCUGUGAAUGCAGGCUUGUGGUGGAAGCCUAAGACAGAGGACUGGGACUACAACUUCCCUACGGGCUGGAAGUCUACCGAUAUGAAGGCUGCCACAAGCAGAGUUUUCUCCCGCAUUCCUGGCACUGAGGUCCCGUCCAAGGAUGGCAAGUUAUACUACCAACAAGGAUUCAAUGUUCUUGCUGGCGGUCUUGCUAAAGCUGGUUGGGAGAAUAUUACAGCCAACAGCGAGCCAGAUGAAAAGAACCAUACUUUCUCUCAUGGCGAGUUCAUGUUUUCAAAUGGUGAGCGAGGCGGACCUAUGGCAACUUACCUCGUGACAGCUAAUGCGAGAUCGAACUUCGAUAUCUGGAUGAACACUGCUGUCAAGCGAGUAAUUCGGGCUGGCGGCCAUGUCACUGGUAUCGAAGUCGAGCCAUAUGGAGAUGGUGGCUACACCGGGGUUGUCAAUGUUACCUCAGUCAGUGGCCGUGUGAUCCUCUCUGCUGGCACCUUUGGUUCUGCUAAACUACUCUUGCGGAGCGGUAUUGGGCCAGCAGAUCAACUCGCAAUUGUCCAGAAAUCUAGUGAUGGUCCUACCAUGAUCAACUCAACUGACUGGGUUACCCUUCCCGUUGGAUACAAUCUAGAUGACCACGUCAACACCGAUACAGUUGUAUCUCACCCCGACGUUGUCUUCUACGAUUUCUAUGAAGCUUGGGACAACCCGCCAGCUGCUGAUGAGAGCCUCUAUCUCAACAAGCGUUCCGGUAUUCUCGCUCAAGCAGCGCCGAAUAUUGGACCUCUCUUCUGGGAUGAGAUUACCGGCGCUGAUGGCAUCGUUCGUCAACUGCAAUGGACAGCUAGAGUAGAGGGUAGCGAUGGCAUUGCCAAUGGGAACUCGAUGACAAUGAGUCAAUAUCUUGGCCGAGGCGCCACUUCACGAGGUCGCAUGACAAUUACUUCAGACCUGUCCACGAUCGUUUCAACACUGCCGUAUUUAAACGAUAAGAACGAUGUCCAAGCCGUUAUUCAAGGUAUCAAAAACCUUCAAGCAGCUCUAUCCAAUGUCAAGAACUUGACAUGGGAAUACCCAACUGCCAGCGAGACCGUGGAGGACUUUGUGAACAAUAUGGUUGUUUCAUAUUCGAACCGACGCGCCAACCAUUGGAUUGGUACGAACAAAAUUGGUACCGACGAUGGUCGACAGGGCGGUUCGGCUGUUGUGGACACCAACGCCAAGGUCUGGGGCACAGACAACCUGUUCGUUGUUGAUGCUAGUAUUUUUCCUGGUCAUGUCACAACCAAUCCUUCGUCGUACAUCGUCGUUGCUUCGGAGCGAGCAUCUGAGCGCAUACUCGCCUUGGCAACCUCCGCUGCUGGUGCCAAGUAUGCGCAGUGUGGCGGCUCCACCUGGAAUGGCAGUUUCCAAUGUGCUACUGGUUUGGUAUGCACGCGCAAGGACACGUACUAUUCACAAUGCCUGUGA